AUGGACAUUUUUUACUUUAUGGUUUUUGGUGGCCUAGCUGCAGUAGUAGCAGCAUUGGAAUUUAGCAAAACAAGCAGAGAUCGAAUCAAUACAUCAUCUGCUUUCAGUUCUUUUAAGAAUAAUUACCUUGUUGUUUAUUCACUCAUGAUGGCUGGGGAUUGGCUGCAAGGUCCAUAUGUGUAUUACCUAUACAGUCAGUAUGGUUUUGGAAAGGGAGAUAUCGGGCAGCUUUUUAUUGCUGGUUUUGGAUCUUCUAUGUUGUUUGGGACAAUUGUUGGAUCAUUAGCGGAUAAACAGGGUAGAAAGAGAGCAUGUAUUACUUACUGCAUAACUUACAUACUGAGUUGUGCCACCAAGCAUUCUCCCGAGUACAAAAUCUUAAUGGUGGGACGUGUAUUGGGAGGCAUUGCUACUUCUUUACUAUUUUCAGCCUUCGAGUCUUGGCUUGUCGCAGAACACUUUAAGAGGAAUUUUGAUCAACAAUGGCUAUCAGUGACAUUCUCUCAGGCGAUAUUCCUUGGCAAUGGUUUAGUCGCCAUUGUUUCUGGAUUAUUCGGGAAUGUACUAGUCGACACAUUGGCGUUGGGUCCUGUUGCCCCAUUUGAUGCUGCUGCAUGUUUUCUUGCGAUUGGCAUGGCCAUUAUAAUGUCAUCAUGGACUGAAAAUUAUGGAGACUCUUCUGAAAACAAGGACUUGCUCACCCAGUUCAAGGGUGCUGUUGUUGCCAUUGCUUCUGAUGAGAAAAUCGCGUUGCUGGGUGCCAUACAGUCACUAUUUGAGGGUUCAAUGUACACCUUUGUGUUCCUGUGGACUCCUGCUCUGAGCCCAAAUGGUGAGGAUAUUCCUCAUGGUUUCAUCUUCGCAACUUUCAUGUUGGCAUCUAUGUUAGGAAGUUCCAUUGCCUCUCGACUGAUGGCUCGCUCGUCUCUUAAAGUUGAAAGCUACAUGCAGAUUGUAUUUGUGAUAUCUGCUGCUACCUUUCUCCUUCCUGUUAUAACAAGCUUCUUGGUAGUGCCUUCUGGGGAGAAAGGUGGAGCCAUCUCUUUUUCUGGCUGUAUCCAGCUUUUUGGCUUCUGCAUAUUUGAGACCUGCGUAGGUAUAUUCUGGCCAUCUAUCAUGAAGAUGAGGUCCCAAUAUAUUCCUGAGGAGGCUAGAAGCACCAUCAUGAAUUUCUUCCGCAUUCCUCUCAACAUUUUUGUAUGCAUUGUGCUGUACAAUGUUGAUGCGUUCCCCAUCAUUGUCAUGUUUGGUAUGUGCUCUAUUUUCCUCUUCGUAGCAUCUCUUUUGCAGAAGCGGCUCAGGGUCAUUGCAGAGAGCCAAAGAUCAAGUAAGUUUUUAGUUGAUCUAACUCACAAACAUUGCAGGGUCACAAGAGUGGACAGCAAUGAAAGAGGUGGACACCGAGGCAGAGCCCUUAAAUAUCUGAUUGAAUUUGGAGGAACAAACCUCUGGAAUUUUUUAUAUGUUGUGAGCAGCCACCUUUCUCCCUUAUAUCCGAUAGUGGAGGAGCAACUUGUUGGUAGGCUCUUAUCAUUGACUCGCGGCAUAUGCAAAGUUGUUCGAGUUUGUGAAAGGUUGAGAGCAGUUAAGAUGGUCAAUCUCACAAGUCCUACAUUCCUAGUACUGUAUGCUUUUCAGUUUCUUGUGCUGGUGCAAAUCCAAGUCUCCUGUUACCAGUACAAGGUUGGAGAUUUAGAUGCUUGGGGUGUUCCUACUUCAGCAAAUCCAAAAGCGUACACCUACUGGUCCAAAUAUCAUACCUUGAAGAUUGGAGAUUCUCUCUUGUUCUUGUAUCCACCAAGUCAAGAUUCUGUGGUUCAAGUCACACGAGAAAACUACAACUCCUGCAACCUGACAGAUCCGAUCUUGUACAUGAACAAUGGCAACUCUUUAUUUAACAUCACUACAUAUGGGGACUUCUACUUUACGAGUGGAGUUCCAGGGCGUUGUCAAAAGAAGCAGAAGCUAUACAUAUCUGUGCCUGGCAAUGGUUCAGCAUCAGCAUACUCUCCAUCUUAUGGUCCUAGCGCAUUGCCUGACACCGCACCCUCUUACCCGACUGUGUUUGGCAAUAUCCCAUUACCACCUUCUUCUUCACCAACAAACAGAUUUUCGAUCUUGUUAUCUUCCAUUAUAGGAGCAUCUAUUUGGGCAAUUAUCAUGUGA